AUGGCUCAACUCACAGAUCUCCCGACCGAGAUUAUACUUCACAUAGUCUCUUAUCUACAGUCCCAUGACGACAUUGCGGCGUUGGCUGCACAGUCUUCCCAUCUCUACGAGUCGUGUGAUAAGAGGGCCCGUGCAAGAUUCCGCGAGAUCCACAUUACAAACAAUGCCAAGCAUCUCGAGAGCGCCUUCGCGGCCCUGAUCGACAUCCUAGAACAGCCGUAUCUAGGCCGCUAUGUGCGUCAUAUUGAGUAUUGGGAGCUUUUUCAUUGCCGGGAGCCCCUUCUCGCACAGGUUCUGACAGCACUUCUAAUCUCCGUGGCACCGGAAGUAGAGUCUAUGGCCCUCUCCCAACCCUUUCUCAGCAAGUUUUCCGUACCUUGGCAUACGGACUCAAUCGACCGCAAGUGUACGAAAUUUCCUUUGAAAUGGCUUCUGCACCAGAUCAACAACAACGACGCGUUCCCGGGUGCCCGGGGGCCGAAGCUCCUGAGAAAACUUCGGGACGUGUACUUAGUCAACGAGACGGAGGACGACACAUCCUGGAAACAGGAUCGAGUCUUUUUCAUGACGGACCUCUUUGGCUUCCUAGAGCUUUUUCACCAUCUUCCAUCGAUUGAGUCAUUUGGCACGGAUGAGCUGAAAACAAGCGUCGUCGGUAAGCACGGGCUCCCCUUUGCCUCGUCGAAUAUCUCCCGUAUCCGGAUCGAGCACUCGUUGGCCGACAGCAUGAACUUGGCAAGAAUGAUCUGUCUAUGCAAGCAGCUUCGAGAGUUUCAAUGCCCCAUCGGGGCCAGAUCAAUCGGCGGCAACCUUACCUGUAGGUUGAACUCAUUUCGAAUCAUCUUCCAAGCGCUUCUGGUCCACCGUAGAACCUUGGAGGUUCUAGAUCUAGGCGUCACAUACAUACCUUUUGAGUCAACACCGGUAGAGCGAGUUCCUCUUAACCUCAGUGAGAAUCGCGAAAAGCGCGAACAAAUGCAAUUAAUCCGGACUGCGAAUGAAAUGGCUUUGGCCGAUAGGUCAGUGCAGCUGCCGGACUGGAUCUGGGACCAGGCCGGUUCGUUGGCCGAAUUCUCCGCCUUGAAGCACUUGAAUCUGGAGCUUCAGUACCUGCUGUACAUGGCGAGGGGUGUAGGAACCGCGAGGGACGAUGGAUACCAGCUCGUGGAUCGGUUGCCGUCCCAGUGA